AUGAAUAGAAAAAGAUAUAAAUUCUUAGUUGAAGCCACCAUCUUGAAUGUUUAAUUGUUAGUGCAUUUUUAGUGCAAGAUCUAAGUAGUAAUAAAAAAAGGUAAACCUAAAUUUCUUAGUAAUAUCUUAGGUUCUUUAAAAAUGGAAACUCAAUCUAAUUAUGAAUUACAAAAUGGUGUUGCAAUAAUCAAUGAAACUCUUCAAUUCAACAUAAUAACAAAUCUAACCCAAAAUGGAAAAUCAGAAGAUAAUUAGGCCUAAUUAGUUGUUUUACUCGUAACUGAGAAAGGAUAAAAAACUGCUGGUUUUCAUAACUUUGACUUUACUCAAUAUUUGAAUUAAUAAAACGUAGGUAAAAGAGAUCUUUUUUUAGAUUCCACUUAGAAUUCUAAGAAACAUUAGAUCUUGAUAAGUGUCCAGAUAAAAAAGCUAAAUUGAUUGCUAACUUUAAAAUUACUAAAAUUUGUGAUUUAGAUAAUGAGUAAAAAAUAUUUAAUUGACAAUAGUGGUGAAGUUUAAGAUUAAUCCUUAGAUUUUUCAAAAGUUUCAGUUAUCUCUUCUGGUCAAGAGUCAUUUAAUAAUAAAAUAACUUAAAAAACAACGGAAUAGAUGUUUUAAAGUGACAAUAAAUAAAAAGAAUUUGAAACAAAAUAAUAGAAAUCUUAAAGUGAGAAUUAAUUAUUAAUUAAUAAAGAUAUUAAAAUUAACGAGUAAAAUUUAUUAAUUUAACAACUUCAAAAUAAAAUUGAUGGAAUGAUUGAAAAAUAUAUCUAUUAAGAUAUGAUGAAAAAAUAUGAAAAAUAAUUUAAAGAUUAAGAAGAUAAAGUAAAACUUUUAGAAGAUAAUAAUGCUAAUAAUUUGUAAUAAAAUAAUGUUGAAAAAGAACAAUUAAAAUAAUUAAAUGAAUCUAUGAUUAUAUAAAUUCAAAGCUAAAAUGAAAAGCUAUAGAAUCUAGAAAAUUAAGUGAAAGAUAAAAAUGAAUAAAUUUAAGAUAUGAAAAAUCUAACAUCAGGAACUAUUUAAGCAUUAUUACAAAAAAAUGAAAGUUUAGAGUAACAGCUUUCGAAAUAAAUAGAUGCUCGCUAAAAAGAAAAAAAAAUAGAAGUAAUAUAGUUGAUUUUAAAUUUAGAAUUAAUUCAUUAUGGCUCCAUCAAAUGAAUCUGAAAACAUUAUUGAAGAACAAUUAUUAAAUCUAAAUCUAAAAUAAUAGGAUUUUGAUACAUUAAAAUAAAGAUAUGAAUCAGAAUUGGCAUAAAAGGAUUAAUUAAUAGAAGAUUUAUAAUUUAAAUUANGAAACUCUUCAAUUCAACAUAAUAACAAAUCUAACCCAAAAUGGAAAAUCAGAAGAUAAUUAGGCCUAAUUAGUUGUUUUACUCGUAACUGAGAAAGGAUAAAAAACUGCUGGUUUUCAUAACUUUGACUUUACUCAAUAUUUGAAUUAAUAAAACGUAGGUAAAAGAGAUCUUUUUUUAGAUUCCACUUAGAAUUCUAAGAAACAUUAGAUCUUGAUAAGUGUCCAGAUAAAAAAGCUAAAUUGAUUGCUAACUUUAAAAUUACUAAAAUUUGUGAUUUAGAUAAUGAGUAAAAAAUAUUUAAUUGACAAUAGUGGUGAAGUUUAAGAUUAAUCCUUAGAUUUUUCAAAAGUUUCAGUUAUCUCUUCUGGUCAAGAGUCAUUUAAUAAUAAAAUAACUUAAAAAACAACGGAAUAGAUGUUUUAAAGUGACAAUAAAUAAAAAGAAUUUGAAACAAAAUAAUAGAAAUCUUAAAGUGAGAAUUAAUUAUUAAUUAAUAAAGAUAUUAAAAUUAACGAGUAAAAUUUAUUAAUUUAACAACUUCAAAAUAAAAUUGAUGGAAUGAUUGAAAAAUAUAUCUAUUAAGAUAUGAUGAAAAAAUAUGAAAAAUAAUUUAAAGAUUAAGAAGAUAAAGUAAAACUUUUAGAAGAUAAUAAUGCUAAUAAUUUGUAAUAAAAUAAUGUUGAAAAAGAACAAUUAAAAUAAUUAAAUGAAUCUAUGAUUAUAUAAAUUCAAAGCUAAAAUGAAAAGCUAUAGAAUCUAGAAAAUUAAGUGAAAGAUAAAAAUGAAUAAAUUUAAGAUAUGAAAAAUCUAACAUCAGGAACUAUUUAAGCAUUAUUACAAAAAAAUGAAAGUUUAGAGUAACAGCUUUCGAAAUAAAUAGAUGCUCGCUAAAAAGAAAAAAAAAUAGAAGUAAUAUAGUUGAUUUUAAAUUUAGAAUUAAUUCAUUAUGGCUCCAUCAAAUGAAUCUGAAAACAUUAUUGAAGAACAAUUAUUAAAUCUAAAUCUAAAAUAAUAGGAUUUUGAUACAUUAAAAUAAAGAUAUGAAUCAGAAUUGGCAUAAAAGGAUUAAUUAAUAGAAGAUUUAUAAUUUAAAUUAGAUGAAAUUUUAAGUUAAGAAUUUCAUAUGACUAGAUUAAAUCAUGAGUCAAAGACUUAAAUUAUUUAAUCAGAAAAAUAGAUUCAUGAAACAAAUGUAAGAUCAAAAUCAGAAUAAUAAAUAAAUCGAUUAAAAACCUAAAUAUAAAUUUGGUAAACAAAAUAUGAGAGUAAUCAAAAAAUACUAAAUGAUUACAAUAGCGAAGUCUAAUAUUUAUUGAGAUAAGUUGAGAAUGUGCCCAAUUUUUUGAUGGAUCAAAAAGAGUUAGUAGAACCACUAUUAUUAUUAAGAAGAGCCAUUUAAGAAAAGUUUUAGACCUAUUAAAUGACUCAAUAACUAUCUGAGUAAAGAAUACAACAAUUAGAAUAUGAAUUAGAACUAUGUUAGUAUUAAUUGAAAUUGGAAUAAAGUUAAUAAGUAAUAUAAUAUUAAAUAUGGAGUGUUCUGAUUCAUAAUCUCAUCCUUAGACACAAGUAUAUGGUAAUGAAGUUACAAGAAUUAAUGAGUCUUUGGAAUAGUAUAAUAUAUUUAAUAUUUAUUAUAGAAAUAAGGAGGAAUUGAGAAAUCUGUAAUAAUAGGUGGAGCAAUAAAAAUUGCUAAAUAUUGAUUCUUAAAAGUAAUUAGAAGAAGCAAAAGUUCAACUUGCAAGUAUGAGAACAACUUUGUUAAAAAGCAAACAAUAAUUAGCAGAAUCAAUGUAGGAAAAAGUUUUAUUAUAAGCAAAAAUUGCUGAACAAUAAAAAGCGUUAAAAGAAAAAAAUCAAGAAAUUUAAAAAGAGCAGGAAAUCAUCUCUGAACUUGAACAAUAUAAUAUUUAAAUGGAAGAAGCAUUAUCUUAGACUCUAGAUUAAUAUAAAUUAUAAAAUACACAAAUGAAAUAAGCUUAUGAAAAAGAGAAAAAACUUAAAUAAGAACUUCAAUAGUAAAUUAAAUCUUUGAAAGAGGAUUAAACAAAAGUUUUAUAAGAUGAGUCUAAAAUUAAGAUUACAGAAUAGAAAUGUAAUUGCAAAGAAAAAAUUUAAUCUUAUGAACAAAAGAUAGCAGAAUUAGAAUUUUUAAUAUCAGAUUUAUAAAUAUAAAGAUUAGAUAAAACUAUUCAAAGAAAUAGUGUAGCUUAAAUAAGAACAAGUAUAUUAGUUAGUCAUAGAGAAUCCUUGGCUUUCUAAUAAUUAGAAGAAGCAAACAAUUUGAGUAAUUUUUGAUAAUAAUAUAUAAGGAUAAGGAAAUGAAACUACGAAACCGAAAGAAAUAGAAGAUUAAAAUAAUAAUUUAAAUGAUGAUCGUUUUAAAAUAUCAAAAGAGUAUCAAACAAUUUUAGAGAGAGCUUUCUAAGCAAAUUCUUAGAUAGAGAAUAAAUAUAGAAAUUAAGUAAAAGAGUUGGAAGAGAGAAUUGACGUUUAAGAAUAAUCGUUAAUCAAAAUGAAAUUAGAAAUUGCUGAUUUAUAUAGUGCAGCAAUUGAUAUAGGUGGUGCAUUAUUGGUAGAUAAAUUACAUAUAGCCUUAGGGGUCAUAGAAUGAAUAUUAUAAAUAAUUAAAUAAAUG